AUGAGCACCAACCUAGAUCGCGCGAUUGAGAUUGUGCAGCGGGCGAUCGAGGAAGAUACCAAGCAGAACUAUGCCGAAGCAUACAAGCAGUACCAGAAUGCAUUGGACUACUUUAUGCUCGCGUUGAAGUGGGAAAAGAACGAGAAGUCCAAGCAGCUCAUCCGAGCAAAAGUUCAGGAAUACCUCGCGCGCGCGGAGACACUGAAGGACCACUUGUCGCAGGCGCAGGAGAAGCGGGCGAAGAAGGCAAUAGGUGUCAAUGGCAUGAGUGGCGGUACGGGUGCAGGGGGAAAGAAGAAGGACGGCGAGGACGACGAUGUGGACCCCGAGGUGAAGAAGCUGCGUGCGGGCCUUGCGGGCGCCAUCAUCUCAGAGAAGCCAAACGUGAGAUGGGACGAUGUCGCGGGGCUGGAGGCGGCGAAGGAGUCGCUCAAGGAAGCGGUGAUCCUGCCCAUCAAGUUUCCACAUCUUUUUACGGGGAAACGCACACCGUGGAGAGGGAUCCUACUGUACGGUCCCCCGGGGACGGGAAAGUCGUACCUGGCGAAGGCGGUCGCGACGGAGGCGAAAGGCACGUUCUUUAGCGUCAGCUCCAGUGACCUUGUCAGUAAGUGGCAGGGUGAUUCCGAACGAUUGGUGAGGCAGCUUUUUGAAAUGGCACGAGAAAACAAGCCUGCGAUCAUCUUUAUCGACGAAGUCGACUCGCUCGCCGGUUCGCGAAACGAGCAGGAGUCCGAGGGGUCGCGGCGGAUCAAGACAGAGUUUCUAGUGCAGAUGAAUGGUGUAGGCCAUGAUGAUACCGGCGUCUUGGUCCUCGGUGCGACGAACAUUCCUUGGCAACUAGACAACGCUAUCAAACGGAGAUUUGAGAAGCGCAUAUAUAUACCCUUGCCAGGCACCGAGGCCCGUAGGCAGAUGUUCCAGCUGCACGUUGGCGAUACCCCAUGCCAGCUCACCGCCAAGGACUACCGACUGCUGGGAGAGAAAACAGAGGGCUACUCCGGAUCAGAUAUCUCCGUCGUCGUCCGCGAUGCGCUCAUGCAGCCCGUUCGCAAGGUCCUUUCCGCGACGCACUUCAAACGUGUCCCCUCGCCGAACGACCCCGACGUGUUGAUGUGGACACCGUGCUCUCCGGGCGACCCUGAGGCCGUGGAGAAGUCCUGGUCAGAUAUAGAGAGCAACGAACUGCUCGAGCCACCUCUGAAACUGGCGGACUUCCUGAAAUCCCUAGACAAUGUCCGGCCGACGGUGACGGCUGAAGACAUUCGCAGGCACGAUCAAUGGACGCUAGAAUCUGGUAAUGAGGGCGCAUAG